AAAACAGCGGGCGGCGGGCGGCGAGGGAUCCGCCGUGCGCCCUGCGAGCAGCCGCCAACGCGGCCGGCGCCCCAGCUCGGUGCCACGGCUCGGCGCACUUCCCGCGCCAGCGCCCCAUCCUGAGCCGGGGUGCGCCCCCCGCCGCGGUCCGUGCGUCCUGGCCGGCAGCCCCUCACCUGACAGGUUAUCUGCAAUGAUGAAAUGAAGUAACUCAAGAUGAGCAAGUUAAAAGUGGCAUCAGAGAAAAGCAGUGUGACCAAUAAUUCUCGGAUUGUGGGACUCCUGGCUCAGUUGGAGAAGAUAAAUGCUGAAUCUGCAGACGCUGACGCUACCAGAUAUGUCACAUCAAAGAUUCUUCAUCUCGUUCAAAGUCAAGAAAAAACGAGGAGAGAGAUGACAGCCAAAGGCUCUACGGGAAUGGAGGUGCUGCUAACCACCUUAGAGAGCAUGAAAGAUCUUCAAACUGCACUUAAUAUCUUAAACAUUCUUGUUGAGCUGGUGUCCGCUGGUGGAGGUCGAAGAGCAAGUUUCUUAGUUGGCAAAGGUGGUUCACAAAUACUGUUACAGUUGCUUACGAAUGCCAGCAAAGAAUCUCCCCCAAAUGAGGAGUUAAUGAUACAGAUUCAUUCAGUUCUGGCAAAGAUUGGACCAAAAGAUAAAAAAUUUGGAGUGAAAGCUAGAAUUAAUGGGGCUCUGAAUAUCACACUGAAUUUGGUCAAACAGAAUUUGCAGAAUCAUCGCUUGGUUUUGCCUUGUCUUCAGCUUUUACGAGUGUACUCUUCCAACUCUGUGAAUUCGGUGUCUUUAGGGAAAAACGGAGUUGUGGAAUUGAUGUUCAAAAUCAUUGGACCAUUUAGUAAGAAGAAUUCCAGUGUUAUGAAGGUUGCUUUAGACACUCUUGCUGCAUUGCUAAAAUCAAAAACAAAUGCCAGGAGAGCUGUAGACAGAGGAUAUGUGCAAGUGCUUUUAACAAUUUAUGUAGAUUGGCACCGCCAUGAUAGUCGGCAUAGAAACAUGCUCGUCCGAAAAGGAAUUUUACAGAGCUUAAAAAGUGUUACAAACAUCAAGUUGGGAAGAAAAGCAUUUAUUGAUGCCAAUGGGAUGAAAAUUUUGUAUAAUACUUCACAAGAAUGUUUGGCAGUCAGGACUCUUGAUCCACUUGUGAACACCUCCAGUCUGAUCAUGAGAAAGUGCUUCCCCAAAAAUCGCCUGCCACUGCCAACCAUUAAAAGCUCUUUCCAUUUCCAGUUGCCAGUUAUUCCUGUGACCGGCCCGGUGGCCCAGCUGUACAGUUUACCCCCUGAAGUGGAUGACGUAGUAGAUGAAAGUGAUGACAACGAUGAUAUUGAUAUAGAAGCCGAAAAUGAAACUGAGAAUGAAGAUGACCUCGAUCAGAAUUUUAAGAAUGAUGAUAUUGAAACAGAUAUUAAUAAACUAAAGCCCCAGCAAGUGCCUGGACGAACAAUUGAAGAACUAAAAAUGUAUGAACACCUUUUCCCUGAGCUUGUUGAUGAUUUUCAGGGCUAUGAUUUAAUCUCCAAAGAACCAAAGCCUUUUCUGUUUGAGGGGAAAGUUCGAGGUCCUAUUGUCGUCCCCACCGCGGGAGAGGAGGCUUCUGGGAGUUCUGGCAGCUCAAGAAGAGGCGGAGCCACAAAGGAGAGUGCAUCACCUCGGGGAGAGGAAGGUGACAGGAAACCUGGAGCGAAAGAUGAUAGGAAAGGUGGUGAGCGAGCAUUGCAGCAGCAGCUGGGUGACCAAAGCAGAACUGCCCCAUCAGCCCCCGGCUUCAACAGUGACCUCGUGAAGGCCUUGGACAGGAUUACUUUGCAGAACAUGCCCUCUCAGACCACCGCGGGGCUCACCGCUGGUAUGAAGAAGGACUACAACCUCCCUCUCACCGUCCUCUCGUGCACCAAAGUCUGCCCGCACGUGUCCUCCUGUGGGAAUUCUCUCUUCGAGGGAAGAGCAGUUCAGCUGGGGAAGCUGUGCUGUACCGGUGUUGAGGCUGAAGACGACGAGGAUACCGAGUCUAAUUCCUCUGUGGAUCAAGUGUCAGCUGAGUUACCCGAAGGCCCGACGCUGCAUGAUGCAGAACUGUACAUCGAGGUUGUGAAGAGUACAAAGUCUGUCCCGCAGUACUCAGAGGUGGCUUACCCGGAUUAUUUUGGUCACAUUCCACCUCCUUUCAAAGAACCAAUUUUGGAAAGGCCUUACGGUGUACAGAGAACAAAAAUUGCCCAAGACAUUGAGAGACUGAUACAUCAGAGUGAUAUCAUAGAUCGAGUGGUAUAUGACCUGGACAAUCCAAAUUACACCAUUCCAGAGGAAGGAGAAAUUUUGAAGUUUAAUUCCAAAUUUGAAUCUGGGAAUCUACGUAAAGUAAUUCAAAUUAGAAAAAAUGAGUAUGAUCUUAUUCUGAACUCAGAUAUAAACAGCAAUCAUUAUCAUCAGUGGUUUUAUUUUGAAGUCAGUGGAAUGCGGCCCGGGGUUGCCUACAGAUUCAACAUCAUUAACUGUGAGAAAUCCAACAGUCAGUUUAAUUAUGGAAUGCAGCCACUCAUGUAUUCAGUUCAGGAAGCGUUAAAUGCCAGGCCAUCUUGGAUUCGAAUGGGGACUGACAUUUGUUACUAUAAAAAUCACUUCUCAAGAAGUUCAGUUGCAGCAGGUGGGCAAAAGGGAAAAUCCUACUAUACAAUUACAUUCACUGUCAACUUCCCCCAUAAGGAUGACGUUUGCUACUUUGCCUACCACUAUCCGUAUACGUACUCCACCUUGCAGAUGCAUCUUCAAAAAUUGGAGUCCGCACACAAUCCUCAGCAGAUCUAUUUCCGCAAAGAUGUGUUAUGUGAAACCUUGUCUGGAAACACCUGUCCCUUGGUGACCAUCACAGCAAUGCCGGAGUCUAACUAUUACGAACAUAUCUGUCAGUUCAGAAAUCGCCCUUACAUUUUCCUGUCGGCUCGGGUACAUCCUGGAGAAACUAACGCAAGCUGGGUGAUGAAGGGAACAUUGGAGUAUCUCAUGAGUAAUAACCCUACUGCUCAAAGCUUACGAGAAUCUUAUAUUUUUAAAAUUGUCCCAAUGCUCAAUCCAGAUGGUGUCAUCAAUGGAAAUCACCGCUGUUCUUUAAGUGGAGAGGAUUUAAACAGACAGUGGCAGAGUCCCAAUCCUGACCUGCACCCCACAAUCUACCACGCCAAAGGGCUGCUGCAGUACCUGGCCGCAGUGAAGCGCUUGCCUCUGGUUUAUUGUGACUAUCAUGGCCAUUCCCGAAAGAAGAAUGUAUUUAUGUAUGGCUGCAGCAUCAAGGAGACAGUGUGGCACACCCACGAGAAUGCGUCUUCAUGUGAUGUUGUAGAAGAUACGGGAUACAGGACCUUGCCGAAGAUACUCAGCCAUAUUGCCCCGGCAUUUUGCAUGAGCAGCUGUAGCUUCGUAGUGGAAAAAUCAAAGGAAUCCACGGCGCGUGUUGUGGUUUGGAGAGAAAUAGGAGUACAAAGAAGCUACACGAUGGAGAGCACUCUGUGUGGCUGUGACCAGGGGAAGUACAAGGGCUUACAGAUUGGCACUCGAGAAUUGGAAGAGAUGGGAGCAAAAUUUUGUAUUGGUCUGUUGCGUUUGAAAAGAUUGACAUCCCCUUUGGAAUACAAUCUGCCUUCCAGCCUGCUCGACUUUGAAAAUGACUUAAUUGAGUCAAGUAAAGUAACUAGCCCUACCACUUACGUUUUGGAAGAAGAUGAGCCGCGGUUCCUUGAAGAAGUUGAUUACAGUGCAGAAAGUAAUGAUGAGUUAGAUAACGAACUGACUGAAAAUGUGGGCGAUUAUGAACCUUCUGCUCAGGAGGAAGUACUCUCUGACUCAGAACCACCACGAUACCUGCCUUGAGCCCUCCGCCAUCUCUUGUUGAUUGCGACGAAGAAGUGAAAUUCCAAGGCUUUCAUUACACAGGAAGGUUGAGAGAAGCGAGUUUGUAGAGAACUGACUCAAAAAGACAAAAAGGAAACUCGAGCCUGUUGGGUUUCAAGACAAUAAAUAUGUUCAUUCACGAUAAAAAAAAAUUGGCACUUGUUUUAUUUUAGAUAUUCAGUGCACUAGCAUUGAAUGAUCAAAUACUAGAUUUACUUGAAGAAAAAAAAAAGCCCCGAGUAUCAUUGCAUGAAUUUUUAUCUCAUGGUGGUUAUGUCUUGCAUCCAAUGGAUAAUUUUGAAGUAUAUCAGAAUAUGACAUCUGAAUUCUAGUGCUGUUGAAAAUCCUGAGUCAGUGGAAGCUACUGUAUACAUACUUGGAUUCUUAUAGCUGUGUCUGUGUAGAGUUGGGUAGGUAUUGAUGACUGUGCUUCAGAAUCAUGUCGUGGGUUUUGACUGAAAUAAUCCAGAGUUUGCCUGGGAACCAGGACAUUCUACCUUACCAAAUUAAGCAAAUAAAAGCUAUCUUAAGAGCUGCCUUCAUUUCAUCAUUGUUUAUAACCAGCUUAGGUGACUUGGUCCACAGCAGUUGGUGAGUAUUUGAACACGUGGCUAAAAAGUUUAAAAAGUUGGAAAAGCCCAGUUGACUAGUCUUGAGGUUUUUUUUUAAAUGACAUGGGUAUAUUCACACCUGUUGGAAAAGAUGUAUUUGAACAACUCUUCUAACAUUGUGUUUCAUGGGUGCACCGUGAGUGACGGUGCUUCUAGACCCUCAGGUUAGCAUCCAAGAUGACUACAGGAAACUGAAAUGUGUGCGCUGAUAGCUUCCAGAAUUAUAGCCACGCCUCUGUAGGCAUGGCUUCAUGUUCAAGUCGGAGGAAAUAAGGACAUCUUAUUCUAACAAAUGUACCCCAAAAGAUACCUAGAUCCUUGCCAAGACUCCAGACCUCAGGCACCUGUCUUCCUUGCUUGUCCCCCAACUGGAAUAUUUUUAAUCAGUUGUAAUGGAAAAGAAAUUUUAAAAAUGUCCUUUAUGCUUUUCCCAAUUGGUGAUUUUUUUUAGACUGUUCAAGGCUUUUUCAUCUACUGUGUAAAUUCUUUUUGUUCUCUUGAGGACUGUGUAAAAACCUAGGGUGGGACAGUUAAAGACACUGAAUUCUUACUCAUCUCAGGAAAUAAAGAUGAAUGGGGCUGUGAAGUUAAACUAGUUAUCUUAGUGCAUUCUCCUUAAUUUAGGAAAGAUCAGGGCACUUUAGCAAGGUAAUUAUUUAUUUAAUUGUUCAUUAGCAGUUAUUUUAUCUCUAUAUAAAUAAUUUGCAUCUUUCAUUAAAAUCAUACUUUUUUUAUAAAGUAGAUUAUGGAGCCUUUAAAGCCCACAUAUGAAUUUUUUUGGCUUUUACAGAAUUGAAUUAAAAACUAAAACUAAGAUGAUCAUGUAUGUAAAAUAACUAUAGUUACUAUAAUAUAUAGAAUGACUCAAAAGUUUAUUACAUUACCAGUAUAAAAAUCUCUUAUUUGUACUGUUGUAAUAUUUUACAUUAAGUAUAUCUUUUAGUAUUUAUUAUACGCUCGAAUGUGCCUUUUUUUAUUAAAUAUUUAAAAGAUUGAGGAAAAGACUUUUUAAAAAGUGAUUUUUUUUUGUUUGUGUUUUGGUCAACAAUGAAUAGCUUUGGAAAAGUAAAAAGUAGUCUAAUAUCCUAACUUUCCUAAUUAGGGUUAUUGCUCAAGUUUUUGUUUGUUUGUUUUUUGUGUUUUGGCUAUUAACAGCUAGCAUUGUCCUAAUGUUAGCUCUGUGGCCUCAGAUUUUCCAAACAAUGAUGGAGAGAUUCUUAGUGCCGUGGUUCUGAGAAGCAAUGUUCUUCCCUGUGUGGAAGUGAGACAGUUUAGAUUUAUGUCAGUUACCUUGCAUUUGUCCCUGUCGUUUUGGCCACAUGCAUCAGAUGGCUGUGUAGACUCAGGAUGGAACCCACGGACCUGGAAACUCUAUAGGCUCCCCGGGGUGUAAUAUUAGCGCAGGUGCACACCUGCAGUCACUGGUCUGCUCUAAUGAGCUGCUUCACUGCUCCUGGAGAAGGAGAGGGCCUGUGAGCUUUUAGGGCAAGAGAGUUGCAAACCAGUUGAUUGACACAGUCAAGGAAAUAGAGGCCAGUUGUCAGAUAAGGUCCCUUGGGCAGAGCCAGGGUGUCAGCUUUGCCUUUCCCCAAAGAGAGGGUUCUGAAAAAACUCAAGGGUCUUUCUUGAAUAAAUAAAAUUUAUUCAGGCAAGGUAGAAGGUCAGAAUCUCUGCUUCACAUUGUCCUCAUAUUGUGACCCUGGACUUGGCUUGAGUACAGUAAAUUGAGUCAAUCUCUUGUUUGGGUGUGAUUUGUAGAAACAUGGAUGUGUCUGAAUUCUAAUGACCAGGUAACCUGGAGUUCAUGCUUCAGCUAGUGCCCUGAGAGCAGUAAAUGUGAUCUCUACAUUACAGGUACCCAAAUUAAGAUGACUAUGUUAUGUAUAAGCACUCAAGUUGAUAUUAAAUGUAAUGAUGCAAUUGUUUUUGUGCAUGGUAAUUAAUGACAGUAAUAACCCACAAAUGUAUCCUUAUAAAACUUGUUUUUCUCAUCAUACACUAUAAACAUUUCAAAGGUUUGAUUGAAAAUUGAGGGAAUUGAGGAAUUUUGCUUGUUUUGGUGAUUGUUUAGUAACUGUGUGCAAACAUUAGUUCUUUGUAUUAGGAAAAACCUAUUGAAACAAUAGUUCUACUUUAUACCAUAGAAUACUACUGUUAAGUGAUAUCUCUCAGAUUGAAAGUAUAUUCAGGUCCUUGCAACCUUGAGAAAAGAAGACCUAAGGAAGGUCUCCUUGGUCCUUGAAGUGUCACACAUCAGGUGUGUUGCACAAUGGAUCAUGUUUACAGGUGCUUCCUGGGAUGAUGUAAGUCUGCAGUCACUGAGGCCUCUGGCCACCCUGCCUUCCACGCCACAGCCUGACUUCCUGUAAUCCCCUCUCAAAUCUUACUAUUCUUCAGAGUGUGGCUGAUUAUUUGGGCACAUUGCGUGAUGAAUUUUUUUGUCCUGAUUUGUGAUCACUAUGUAUGGCCCACACUCAAGUGAGUGGCCCUCUUCCAUGGCCAUGUAUGGCAUCACACAGGUGCUCGGAGUUUAGGAUGUGGCUGAUGCUUUGUUGAGUACUGCUGUGAUUUUUGUACGUUUGUGAACAUACAUACAAACCACUGUGAAGUGGACAUUGGUUUGUAGUAUCCAUCUACUUGAAAUCCGAGAUGACUUUAACACAUCAGACAUUCAGAUCCAGAUACUUACAAAGUUUACCUUUCUGAUGCCAAAUGUACAUUGAUGGAAUGCCAAGGGAAUAUGAGAUGAACAGUUGCAAAAAUCUGGUCAGGAGUGAUUAUGAUGCAUGAUCUUGCAAAUGUUUGUAAUAUACUUUGAAAUCAUAAGAUCUUUGAGAAAUGGCAUUUGUGAAGAAAUUGUAAAAGACAAAGAUGUUUGUUCUGAAACUUAGACAAGACUAGAGCCCAAUAAAAGUUUGCACCUUUGAAAGUG